AUGUUUCGCCGGUUUCGCCGGUGGCUGCCCUGCUGUACCACUGGGGAGGGGAGCGAGGCAGACGACCCGCCGGAGGAGAAGACCGCCCCUGGCCACCCACUGGACAGCAUGGAGGAGCCAGCAUUAGCAACAACAGCGGCGUCACCAGCCACGUCGCCCACGGCAACACUGCAGGUAUCGCCAGCCACGUUGCCGGACACAGGAGGAGAGCCAGCAGAAGCCACAAGAGAAGAGGCGUCUCCACCUGCGUCACCAUCCGCAGUACCAGUUGAACGACCAGCUGCACCACAAGUGGUUGCACCAGCCGCGUCACCAGCCACAACAGGAGUGGCCAAGGAGGCCACAACACAACUGGAGUAUCCAGCCGUAUUGCCAUCCACGACACAACUUGAACCAGCAGCUGCUACACACAUGGCAUCUCCCACCACGUCCCCAUCUACAACACAUGUCUCGUCAGACGUGACACAAGUGACGUCGGCGACUACAAUUAAAGUGGCGUUGCCACCCACAACGAGAGCAAUUCUUCGAGGCUCAUCGCCAGGCAAAACAGAAGUUGCGUCACCAGCAGACUAUCUAAACACAAAACGUGUAGCCUCAUUACCUUUAGAGCAGUUGGUGUCCAAAGCAUCGCCGUCAGCCUCCACACAAAUAUCAUCCGCCAUCCCCAUUGCCUGCUACGGCAUGCAUCCUAUCACCAGUCCUGUUGCCAGAUACAACACCCGUCAAGGCUCCAAACCUGUUGCCAGAUACAGCACACGCUGUGUCACCAGUCCUGCUGCUGGAUACAGCACACAUCCUGUCACCAGUCCUGCUGCCCGAUUCAGCACACGCUGUGCCACCAGUCCUGCUGCCCGAUUCAGCACACACAGUGUCACCAGUCCUGCUGCCAGAUUCAGCACACGCUGUGCCACCAGUCCUGCUGCCAGAUACAACACGUGUUCUGUCACCAGUCCUGCUGCUAGCUACAACAUGAUUCGCGUCGCAAGAUUCUGA